CGUUCACCGGGGCCGAAUUUAGGGUGUUUGGAGAGAAUGCGGUUUGUGUCCGUAGACGUGGGGACUCAGAGCGUGCGCGCUGCACUGGUCACCGACGGAGGACGCUUCCUGGAGACGGCGUCGCGACCGCUGGACAAUUGGAAUCCGCAGCCUGGUUUCUACCAGCAGUCGUCCGACCAGAUAUGGGAUGCGUGCUGCGAAGCCGUCAAGGAGGUCUGCAGAAACGCCAAGAACGUGAGCGGAAUCGGCUUCGACGCCACCUGUUCGCUUGUGGUGCUUGAUGACUCCGGUCGCCCGCUGACAGUCAGCCCCAAAGGUGAGCCGGAGCAGAAUGUUGUGCUGUGGAUGGACCACCGCGCCGUGUCACAGGCUGAUACCAUAAAUGCGACUGGGCAUUCCGUUCUUCGCUUUUUGGGCGGAACCAUGUCACCCGAGAUGCAGCCACCAAAGCUCCUGUGGAUAAAGCAGAACAUUCCUUCGACCUGGGAGCGCAUUGGUCUGGCCAUGGACCUGUCCGAUUUCCUCACGUGGCGAGCUACUGGCUGCACUUCGCGAUCCCUCUGCACGGCAGUUUGCAAGUGGACAUACCAGGCGGGAUCGGUGCCCGGCUCUGAUGUGAAUCCUGGCUGGCAGGACUCCAUUUGGACUCGCAUCGGUCUCGACGACAUCACGCGUGACAACUACAGGAUCAUAGGCCAGGAAUUCUUGCCACCGGGAGCCCCAUGCGGGAGCGGUUUGAGCAUGGAGGCCGCCACGGAGCUAGGACUCGAGAAAGGCACGCCCGUAGCCACGUCUAUCAUCGACGGGCACGCCGGAGGUCUAGGCCUGCUCGGCUGCGAGGCGGACGGAAAGUUCCCGAAGGAAUUCUCCCACCGCCUGGCCAUAAUAGCUGGAACAUCAGCAGCUCACAUGCUGGCAAGCGAAAAGUGCAUCUUCACUCCAGGCGCUCCUGGCCCCUUCUUUUCGGCCAUGGUCCCAGGAAUGUGGCUGAGCGAACCGGGCCAGAGCGCAGCCGGUGCAUUGGUGGACCAUAUAGUUUCAACUCACCCGGCCUAUGCACAGAUAGUAGAGAAGACAAAGCCCGGCCGAAGGCCCGAGGACACUUUGAACGACCUGCUGCAGUCCAUGAGCGAGAGGCGAGGCCUGGAUUCUCCGUCGAAACUUACGACCGACCUUCACGUGUGGCCCGACUUCCACGGGAACCGGUCACCGCUCGCCGACCCGACACUACGGGGAAUGAUUUGCGGACUGACGCUGACGGCUGACGAGGAGGACCUGGCACUGCUCUAUCUCGCUACUCUUCAAGCACUAGCUUACGGGUCACGCCACAUCAUUGACGCCCUGACAGACGCAGGCCACUCGGUGUCCGGUAUAUUGACGUGUGGAGGUCUGGCCAAGAACCCGCUCUACGUACGGUCGCUCGCCGAUGCCACUGGUUUGCCCGUGCUGUUGCCUUCGGAGACGGAGUCGGUUCUCCUUGGGGGCGCCAUCUUGGCUGCCAGUGCCUGCGGCCGUUACGCGAGCGUCAAGGAGGCCAUGCUACGGAUGGGUGGCUCGGGUCACGUGAUGGCACCGCAGAUGAGCGAGCGUUCUUUCCACGACGCCAAGUACGCUGCCUUCCACGCUCUGCUUGACUGCCAGCGGCGUCUUAGAGAAAUCAUGUUCUCCGGACGACCAUAAUCUCCGUGUUCUUGAUCUCACUAGCGCUCGCCUUGUCCAUAUUCAACGAAAAAUAAAUGUGAAUGGUGCUCUGACGUCAUAACAUCAAUAUGCACUUUCUCUCA